AUGGCCGAAUCCGCUUCCAAACGCCUCAAGCCCACCCCCAUCAUCGGCACCCACAACGGCCACUUCCACGCCGACGAGGCCCUCGCCGUCCACAUCCUCCGCCUCCUCCCCGCCUACGCCGAGUCCUCCCUCGUCCGCACCCGCGACCCCGCCCUCCUCGCCGAGUGCCACACCGUCGUCGACGUCGGCGGCGAGUACGACGCCGCCCGCAACCGCUUCGACCACCACCAGCGCGGCUUUACCACCACAUUUCCCGGUCGUCCUACCAAGCUCUCCUCCGCCGGCCUCGUCUUCCUCCACUUUGGCAAAGAAGUCGAGGAAGACGGCCCCGAAGUCGAGCUCCUCUGGCGCAAGCUCUACGAAUCCUUUGUCGAGGCCCUCGACGCCCACGAUAACGGCAUCUCCGCCUACGACCCCGCCGCCAUCUCCGCCGCGGGCCUGUCCAAGCGCUUCUCCGACGGCGGCUUCUCCCUCGGCGCCAUGGUCGGCCGCCUCAACCCCAACUGGAACGAUCCCAUCCCCGAGGACCCCGCCGAGGCUCAGCGCCAGGAGGACGAAAAGUUCUCCGUCGCCAGCCGUCGCAUCGGCGAGGAGUUUGAGCGCGACCUCGACUACUACGUCCGCGCUUGGCUCCCCGCCCGCGAGGUCGUCCAGCGCGCUUUUGAAGGUCGCGCCGCCCACGACCCUCAGGGCCGCGUCCUCGUCUUCGAAGGGCCGUCCGCGCCCUGGAAGGAUCACCUUUACUCCCUCGAGAAGGAGUCGGGCGGCGCCAGCGAGGUUGUCUACGUCAUCUACCCGGAGAAGCCCGUCCCCGGCGCCAAGUGGCGUGUCCAGGCCGUGCCCUCCUCCAAGGACUCCUUCGAGAGCAGGAAGGCCCUACCCGCCGCCUGGAGGGGCUUCCGGGACGAGGAGCUCGAUGGUAUCACCAACAUCCCCGGAGGCGUCUUCGUCCACGCCGCUGGCUUUAUUGGCGGCCACAAGACCCUCGAGGGUGCCAAGGCCAUGGCUGCCAAGGCUCUCGAGCUUUGA